AUGGCCCUCUCCGACGCCGUCUCAUGGCCCACCGCCGACGUCCCCGCCGACGCGCCCCUCAUCAAGAAGCCCACCGGACGCGCCCGCCAUGACUACUCGACCGCCACCGCCAUGGGCUUCGAUCUCCAGAACGCCGCCCAGAAGGCCGAGUACGAGAGCAUAGCGAAAUCCGUCCGGGCACACGCCGCGGUGCUCCUCGACAGGAACAGACCGUUCGGCCAGCAGGACUUUACCGCCCUGCAGGGCCUCAGAGCCCAAGUCGAGAACGAACACCCAAUAUUGAAGAGAUACGAAGCACUAUGGCCCGUGGACGAUCUCGCGCGGCAGUAUUGGGAGAACUAUCGCAGCCACGAAACUUCCAAGCGCAAGAGAGGCAAAAGCGGUAAUGCUCCCAAGCGGUCCUCUUCACGCAGCGGCCAAUGCUCAUGCUGCACGACAGAUGCCAACGGCGCCCCUCCCCCGGAAGCGUCUAUCGAACCUCCAAGAGAUGGGGGGCCAUCACAGAACGCGACGGCUCCGGAUCUGAACAUCGAUCCAGAUCUCGUACACACCCCACCUCCCGUGCACACCGACUCAGCUGAACCCCCACUCAAGCGCAUCUCAAAAUCAAGCGCGAACUCCAGCGAACUGCGACGCGUCAAAUCUGCCCGAUUCGAGUGCCAUAUCUGCGGCGCUACAUUUACUACGCGAACGAACUGGCAAGGGCACCUCGACGCUCACACCGGACACAAGCCUUACGUCUGCGCCCACAAUUGCGGAAAGACCUUCACGCGCAAAUCUGACUGCAAACGGCACGAACAGACGGUGCAUGACCCUGACCCCCAUUUCGUCUGCGAGACAUCUCGGGAAUGUGAUUCAUCGGCCCCCAGUCAGGCUGGCCCGUCCACCGCUGGCCCGUCGAGCUUACCAUCGGAAGGACCCCCAGCGCCUAUACCGUCAGGCCCGCCGAUCGCCGGCGGAGUGCCCCCUGGCUCCCAGGUUCCGCCCGAUGUUUCAAUGUUCCCGCAACCUCCGGGCGGCAUUAUGGUCGCUGCAGCGAACAGUGUCAGGAACCUAUGUAACGAGCAUCUGGACAUGAGCAAGACGGCGAACAACCAAGAAAAGGCUCGCAUCAGCAGAGUCAAAGAAGAGGCCAUUAGAACACAUCCACUGCUCGCUACUUUCAAAGACGUAUGGCCAGUGGAUGACCUUAUCCACCAAUACAUCGAAAAUCACCGCUCACACCAGCUGCGCAAGAGCAUGCAAGUCACCUCCACCGAUGCGAAGGCCCGAGCUAGCAGUGUUACCCAGGAUUCUAUAUCUUCUUCCGUGCCCAUAGGAGGCCCUUUGGCACAGCUCAGUGGUCCUGUCCCCCCUUCGCCUCCCUUACCCGAAUUUGUGCAUCUGUCCUUGACCGGGGUGCAAGUGAACCUCAUAGGGCCGUUCAACGGCGGAGCAUAUGCGGAUAUAUAUACGGGCACGUGGCAAAACGGCCAGGUUGCCCUGAAGCGUAUUCGCACUUUCGUCGCGGACACCCAUCAUGAGGUAGUCUGA